AUGGCCGACGAGAUCAUCGACCUGCUCGGCCUCACCAAGUGCGCGCACGUGCGCAUCGGCUCCGAGACCGUGCGCGGCAUCUCCGGCGGCGAGAAGAAGCGCGUCGCCGUCGCCCUGGGGCUCAUCGCGCACCCGCGCGUCGUCCUCCUCGACGAGCCGACGACGGGCCUCGACAGUACGACGGCCCUCGACUUCGUCAACGCCAUGCGCCGCCUCGCGGCCCGCGACGCGACGCUGCUCUGCACGAUCCACCAGCCGACGGAGGAGAUCUUCAACCUCUUCGACAAGAUUUUGGUCAUCGGCGACGGCCGCCGCGUCUACGCGGGGCCGCCGGGCGGCGCCUUGGAG